GACGUUUUGUUCACAGGCGAUGUUCAAACACAGCAGCAAACCAUGAGAGGCUGUGCUAGAGCAACAAGGAGGAAGUCACCUUUGUAAGUUCAGUAAAGUACCGCCGGCUAUAUUACCUGACCGUCAAACAGAGGAGACAGUCGCUGCUGUGCGCACAGGAACAUGGCUAACGACAACCUGAAGCCACAUUUGAACCAGAAUGGACUAAAAUGCGACGAUACCAAGAAGAAUGGCCAUCACAUCAAGACAGAGAAAAAUGGCCCCGGGAAUGGUGUUGCCUCGAGGCAGCACAGACAGGAGUCCUUUGAACAGGCUCCCAUCUAUGUGGCUGUCAUGACAUACCUGGGCUUUGGCAUUGUCACCCUGUUUGGCUACUUCAGAGAUUUCCUCAGAGCUGUGGGCUUAGAGAAGUGUCACCUCGCUCAGGAAAGAGAGGAACAGAAGGAUUUCAUACCACUUUAUCAAGAUUUUGAGAACUUUUACACGCGAAACCUGUACAUGAGGGUACGAGACAACUGGAACCGUCCCAUAUGCAGCAUGCCGGGACCUGUCUUUGACCUAAUGGAGAGGGUGUCUGAUGACUAUAACUGGACAUUCAGGUUAACCGGGAGGACCAUACACAAUGCUAUCAACAUGGGCUCCUACAACUACCUCGGUUUUGCUGAGAACAAGGCUGAUUUCCUGAAAACUGUAGCAGACAAAGCACAGCAGUAUGGGGUUGGGGUUUGCAGCACAAGGCAGGAAAUAGGUAACCUAAGCAUCCAUGAAGAGCUGGAGCAACUUGUGGCUGAUUUCGUUGGAGCAGAGUCCGCCAUGACUUUUGGGAUGGGUUUCGCCACCAACUCAAUGAACAUUCCAGCAAUUGUUGGCAAGGGUUGUUUGAUACUGAGCGAUGAGCUCAAUCACACAUCUCUCAUCUUAGGGGCCAGACUGUCAGGAGCGACUAUCCGGGUGUUCAAACAUAACAACAUGCAAAGUCUGGAAAAGAUGCUCAGAGAGGCGGUUUGCUCAGGGCAGCCACGGACCCACAGGCCCUGGAGGAAGAUCCUCAUCAUGGUGGAAGGCAUCUAUAGCAUGGAAGGCUCUGUGGUGCGACUUCCUGAGAUCAUUGCUCUGAAGAAGAAGUAUAAAGCGUAUCUGUACCUGGAUGAGGCGCACAGUAUCGGAGCCGUGGGGCCAACAGGGAGGGGCGUGACCGAGCUGUUUGAUGUGAACCCAGCUGAUGUGGAUGUGAUGAUGGGUACAUUCACCAAGAGCUUCGGAGCUGCUGGAGGCUAUAUCGCAGGGAAAAAGGAGCUGGUGGAUUACCUGCGUAGCCAUUCUCACAGUGCAGUAUAUGCAUCGGCCAUGUCCCCUCCUGUCACUGAGCAGAUCAUACGCGCCAUGAAGUGCAUCAUGGGAAAAGACGGAACCACAGAGGGCAUUAGACGGAUCCGCCAACUGGCAAGGAAUACCAGAUACUUCAGGGCCAGACUGAAGGAGAUGGGCUUCAUCAUCUACGGCAAUGAUGACUCACCUGUGGUUCCACUCCUGCUCUACAUGCCAGGCAAAGUGGUGGCUUUCGCUCGAGAAAUGCUUGAGAGGAAAAUUGGCGUAGUGGUAGUCGGCUUUCCAGCCACGCCGAUAACAGAGGCCCGAGCUCGCUUCUGUGUUUCUGCAGCACACACCAGAGCCAUGCUGAACCAGGUGCUGCACCAUCUAAAUGAGGUGGGAGACCUUCUCUGUCUGAAGUUCUCACGGAAGAAAUAUUCCUCUCGGCCUGACCUCUCUGACGAGACAGACUUUGAGCUGGACAGCUGAUAUGACCCUUGACACCUUCAUUUCACAGUGUCAAAACUAAGUCUAAGUGUCCAUGCUGCAACAGACCCAUAAAUGCACAGAGUAGAGUAACACCCACAUCUCACAGCAGAAGAGUGGCCAAAUGUUUGACAGCUGCCACUUUUUAUAAGUUUGUAAAACAUUGAUUUUACAACGCACUGAACUAAAUACAUUUAUUUGUGACUACAUACGUGAAAUGAAACGCUGCGUUAGUCUUAAUCUCAAGCACUGUGUAAAAUAUCUGUAAUUAUUUUAAUUCGUUUUUUAUAUUGAGAUCACAUCCAGGUUUGAAGACAGUUUUUAAAAUUUUCAAUCAAAAGAGCCUUUUAUACAGUUAGGUACAGUAUAUUUACAUGUUUUUAUGGACGCAAUUUUUUUGCUUAAUAUCUGCACCAUUUCUUAAUGAUGGUGGUAAUUAUUAGUGGGGAAUGAUGUACAGUCUCAAAGAAUUUAUAUCCCUGACAUGCAGUUAAAAAUGUUAUUUGUAGCUUAAAAUGUUCCACUCUGCUGUACUGCUGCAUUGUUAAGAUUUUUCAUUUUUUUUCAAUAAAAUGAAAAACACAUGAAAACUUCCUGAGUGUGUUCAG